GGUUUUGACAACACUUGUUCUUGUUUUUGUCUCAAAGUUUCAAGCGGUGAGCUUCAACUAUGUUACCAUCAACUGUGAAUAUGAAUUACCGGCGGCUGCUUGAGACAGAACUGGGUCCGGCAAGUGGGAACAAAACCCACUACGAUUCUCACACGCGCGACAUGAAUCUCGACAAAAACCAGGCGGUUAUAAUGGCAGCUCUUUUAUGCACCGUGAUGUGCGCCUUGGGGUUGAACGCCAUAGUCCGAUGCGUGCUACGUUGCAUGCGCCGCGAGAGUCCGGAACAAGCCGCGACUCGCCUCGCGAUGACCGGACUCGAAAAACGCGAUCUGCAAGGAAUCCCGGUGGCCGUUUACGGAACGGACGGGAGCUUUACGUCCACUGAAUGCCCCAUUUGCCUUGCAGAGUUCCUCGACGGGGAGAAGGUACGAAAACUGCCAAAAUGUAAGCAUGGGUUCCAUGUGAGGUGCAUAGACAAAUGGCUGCUGUCACACUCGUCGUGCCCCAAUUGUCGCCAUUCCUUACUUCAACAUAAGACACCAAAUAAGGAUGUACUUGUUCAAGAGGGAUGCUGA